AUGUCCAAUGACUUCUGGGCUGGCUACCUCAGCGGAGCCAUUGGCAUUGUAAUCGGAAAUCCCCUAGACCUAUUGAAAACCCGUCUUCAGGCGGGGCAAGCGGCCACCAGAUCAUUGCGAUCUUCCCAGGGGUUCAGGAGUCAUUUUGACACUGUGGGGUCUCUUGUUCGAGGCGCAACAGCACCGAUAGUUGGAUAUGGCGCCCUCAAUGCGAUUCUAUUCGUUGCCUAUAACCGGACCUUGACGGGUGCUGUUGGUGGGCUUGCCAGCUGGGUCAUAUCAUCGCCAACUGAGUUGGUAAAGUGCCGAGCGCAGCUUGCUACUCACCAAUCAAUAUCCUCAUGGACGGUGACGAAAGAUAUUUGGAAAAGUCGGGGGUUUAGAGGACUAUACUAUGGAGGGGGAGUUACGAGUAUCCGAGAUUCGGUGGGAUAUGGGUUCUAUUUCUGGUCUUACGAACUAUGCAAGCGUCUCAUGACAACUGCCGACGAAAGUUCUGAACAAGCGGCCGCCAAAAUCCUUAUAUGCGGUGGAAUCGCUGGCAUUGUCACCUGGGUUUCUAUUUUCCCGCUAGAUGCUAUCAAAACACGGCUGCAGGUGCAGGGCUCGCCAGGCUCUCUUGCUUCCGGCUCUUUGGCCGAGAGGCAAACGCUUCUUCGACCUUCCGGGAUCGAUGGACGUACACUAGGUACUCUGGCAGUCGUGAAGGAGGCAUAUCGGACCGAGGGUUUCCAGGUAUUCUACCGUGGCUUAGGCGUGUGUAGCUUGAGAGCAUUUAUUGUAAAUGCUGUGCAGUGGGCGACGUACGAAGGGAUGAUGAAAUUCCUCAAGUAA